AUGGGCUCCAAUCAACCAUUUCGAAAAGCAAAUCAGCAGUCAACUGGACAUCAAAUCAACACCUUCACAAUGACUUCCAACUACAAUCUCAGAAGGGCCGCUAACCCAGCCCAAAAUCAGGCGGAAGGGUUGGCUGGCGAGCCCAACUUGCAGUCUCAGUCGCAGACCACACCGGGACUCCAGUCGCAAACAAGCCAGCAGAAGAGCCAGCAGAGUACUUUCCAGAGCUCGGAAUCCACGAAGCAGGUACACGUUCGGUUCCCCUGA